AUCCGCCAACCUGCUCUCGUACGUACGUUGCGUCGAUCAGCCGCGUACUCAAACGGCACAUACUGGCAUCAUGGCGGACGUAUUGGAUCUUCAUGAAGCGGGAGGAGAGGACUUUCCUAUGGAUGAGGAUGGUGAUGAGAGCAUCCACAAGUUGAAGGAGAAAGCCAAGAAGAGGAAAGGACGAGGCUUUGGCUCCGAGGAAGGAGCCAGGUCCAGAAUCAAAGAGGACUAUGAUACUGUGGAGCAGGAUGGGGACGAGCCAGGCCCGCAGAGAUCUGUGGAGGGCUGGAUCCUGUUUGUGACCGGUGUACAUGAAGAGGCCACAGAGGAAGACAUCCAUGACAAGUUUUCAGAGUUUGGAGAAAUCAAGAACCUGCAUCUCAACCUUGACCGCAGAACGGGUUUCCUCAAGGGAUAUGCAUUGGUGGAGUACGAGACCUACAAAGAGGCCCAGGCUGCCAUGGAGGGGCUCAAUGCUCAGGACAUGAUGGGUCAGCCUAUCAGUGUUGACUGGGGAUUUGUCAGAGGGCCCCCCAAGAACAAGAGGAGGACUGGCGGACGGAGACGCAGCAGAAGCCCGGACAGGAGGCGGCGUUGAGUACAGCAGUUGUCAUUGGCUUGACGGGGUGUCUGUCACUUUUGUCAGGCAGUUCAUAAUCCUCUCAUCUUCUCAUAAGAAACAUGUUUUUGUACAAUAUUUUGGACUUGUUUGCCAUCUAGUUGUGCGAUUUUUAAAAUAUUGGGAUAAAGUGUUUUUGAAAGCUUGAAUAACAAGAAUCAAUCGGCCUAACAGCAGCAUUUUCAGUUUAUUGUAAAUUGCUUAUGCUGCUUUAAAAUGCAACAGAAGGAUAUCCAUCCAGUGAUUUACUUUCAACACCAACAUGGUUAUGAUUCCCUUAAAAAUGUUGUUUGUUUUCUCAAUGGUGCGUACAUUUUGCUUUGUUUUAUAAUACUUUGGGGGGAAAUUAAACUUUUUAAAAGGUACUUGUGUGCACUGUUGUGUUUUUAUUUAGCUGUGCUGAUGACGUAGAGUUCACGUCAUCCUAGAUGACCUCACCCAUGCAAUGGUGCCGCCCCAGCUAUUUAAUCAACUCCAAAGCACCUGUCACUCUGGGCUGUGAGUGCCACACUCAUAGGCUACUUGGACAAAACCCACUUGCCCGUUAUUUUUUUCUGCAGCCAAUUGGCAAGCGAAUGCUUUGCACUCUGUCCCUCUCAUUUGGUGUUUACUCUAUUGGGGGAACAUCAGUCAAAGACCUCGGGGAUGCCCAUUGGUUCUUAAGAAUGUCAAUGAAAUCGACUCUUCUCUCUGAUUGGAUGGAUCUUCUUGGAGGGGGCGGGUUCAAAUUCCUCGGUUGACGUUGUUGUUGUAAGUGGUGUAGAAAUUACUUUGUCGGUGGUGUUGGUCCUGUUUGGGAUUUUUACGCGUUGUUCCCCUAAUGAAGAUGCUAAAAAGUUAGGAAUUGUUUGUCCUGGAAACGUGUACGGUAUUCACAAGUUGGUACUUGCCGGGAAACUAAAUGGGACGAUGACAAAAUCCUCUGCGAGGCCGUUGAAGGUAAGCUUGUAAAGAGAUACUCUGGCUACUAGCGUUAGCUACUGUUAGCUGCUGAUUAGCCAGGCUUGUAGUAGCCACUUGCUAUAGCUAAAUGUUACGGUUCAGUCUACGGAGAAAUAAAUAAAUAAACACUCCUUUGCAAUGAGAAUUCAUGCACACGUACGGCAGUUUGAUGUAACCGACUAAUACGUGAAAUUAAAGUUAAUAGCUUGAGUGUAAACCGUGCACGAACCCCAUGCGUUUGAACGCCUCAAAUGCGUUUAUGUAAGCAUGUGUAUUGUUUGAUAUUUUCUGUCAAAGAUCAGUCGUAGCCGUAAUGGCAGGCUCUGAUUCAUCAUUUUAGGACGGAAGCAUUGAUAUGCAUCUAUUAUAUCUGUACACUGAGCAGGUUGGCGAGCAGAAGUGGUCGCUGAACACGUUAGCUUUUCUUUUUAAGCUGUCAACUUACGUUUAUAGCUGCGUGCACGUUCAACAUUUUUUUUUUUUUUAAAGUUGUGCUGAAUGGGAGAUCAGUUCUGUAUUCACGCUUUUUAUCAGUUUACGUUUUUGCAUGAAUAAUUCACUUAAAUUGUCAUAGCUAGCUUUCUAAUAGCUCACAGUCACGAUUCAGAUUAUCCGAGCUAAGGUGCAUGCGUAACGUGACAUUUACUUAUUAAUUUGGGGUGGCGGGGGGGGUUGUGGAGUAAAGUCCUUUUUCACUAACGGGCAAUUCCUAACGUGUAACCCAAAAAAGACUCGUGUCAUGAAGCUAACGAUAAGUGGCUAGCGCGAGAUCAUUCUCAAAACGCUGCUACCAGAUAUGUGUGACUAACUGCUGGUUCAUUCGGUUCAGUGCUCCGUGCUCGUUUUUUUUUUUUUGUUUUUUUUUAAAAGAAACUAGGACUUAGGUUAUAGUGUAUUUUCCCACAUCCUCGCGAUGUGAGAGGGUUAGGGUUACACUUUCCCCUGAAUUAUUCAGGUCUGUCUGUGUGUGGGCUCUUUUGUUUGGACAGGCGGUCAACAAGAAAAGUAGGACAUGGGUACAAGUUCCUCACAGGGACUGUUUAUGUUGCUAAAAAAAGCCAUAACCUGAGUAGGAAACUCCACAUAAAAGGUUGAUUUAAAGGAGCUAGGUGUUAUGUUGUAGGGAAGACGAAAUGCAUCCAAUCCUCCCACGUGAACUCAUUCCUUUCUUAUGGCACACACACACACACACAAACAAACUGCCUGUCAGUUGCAAAGAAGACUGUUGAUCAGUAGCAGUGAUGAAAAGCUGGAGUGAACUCCCAACUCAAUGCUAGUAAAUAUGCAGAUAAUCAGCCCAUGUGUUGCAUGCAUUAUUGUGUAGUUGUACAGGUCCACCAUGCACUGUGGCUAGAAGAUGAGGUGAAGGUGGCUCUGUCUGCCUUCAUUAUGCAAGUUCUCAGCACUUCAAGGAACAUAU